AUGCCAUCACUGCUAACACUAUACGAUGGAGAUGACCACCCACAUCAGCUUGUGUUGAAAAGGAGCCAAGUUCCUUUCUUUUGCGAUGGUUGCAAAGAGAUAGGGUUUGGAGUUUGCUACCAAUGUCCCGAUAAGGAUUGUGAUUUCAUUUUUCAUGAGGAAUGUGGGAUUCGUCGGCCUCCAGCGUGCCAGAAAUUUUUCAAAAGAUGCGACUUCAAAUUUCACAAGGAAAAUCCACUAGGAGGAGACAGAUCCUGCGACGCCUGUGCCUUGGAUAUACAAGGCUUCUUGUACCAAUGCUCCCGUGUUAAAAAUCCCCAUGAUUUACAUCCCUGUUGCGCAAACCUUCCACUGUUCUUCUCCUUCCCGGAUAACGACAUGGAAAUCUACCUAUGCGAAGAGAUUAAAUCGAAAUGUUUAAAAUGCCAAAGCAAGAAAAGAUCAGCAAGCAAAGUCCAGGGUUUGUCCUAUGCUUCUCGGGAUGGUAAGUUCUGUUACCAUGUAGCCUGCUUAAAAGAAGCCUGCCUUGAGAAUUGGAAAAAGGGUUAUUUUCAACCUGAUGCUAUUGCUGAUGAUAAGAAUAAAAGCCUUGCAUUACAAAAUCUUGCUCCAAAAGAAGUAGCUCUCGUCCGAGAUGGGGGCCAAAGCUCGAAUGCUAUGAAGGUUUUUCUUGACAUCUCAUCCUCUUCUAAGGGGUUUUCACCUCGUUCCUCUUUUUUCGAGAUUGAGCUACUUUUUUCCACUGUUAUUCUUCGAGAUCCCUCUCUCAUUCCAAAGUCAGAUGCUUCUGACAAUGAGGGUUUCGAUAAGGAGUAA